AUGCCCCUUGGCCAAAUAGAGUUGCCGAUCACGUUCGGCAAGCCAGAUAAUUUCUGCAUAGAGAAGCUAACCUUUGAUGAUGCGGACUUCGACAUAGUGUAUAAUGUGAUCCUAGGCCGCUCAAUUCUAGACAGGUUCAUGGUCAUAGUGCAAUAUGCAUACCAGGCGUUCAAGAUCCCAGGCCCUAAAGAGAGGCGUGGAGUCCAAGCUUCAGAAGCAUCAAGUCGCCACGCCAAGGUCAAGGACUCCAAGCUCGUGAGACUCAUGGAUGCCUCCAAGUCUGACGACACCGCCAAGGGUGAUACCAACGAUGGUGCCAAGGACAAAAAGGUUGGUAGUGGCAUCAAGGCAGUGCCCCUCGACCAUAUGAACUAG